AUGGCUGCUGCAACUGAAAAAUUCAUUCGAAAAUCCUCUUACGAUACAACAAUUCAUUCUGAAGACUUGACCGCUAGUCAAUUUGCUCAUCUAACAGGUAUUGACCGAAAGAGAGCUACGUCUAUCUGCUGCUCAUCCUCUACUACAGAUGAUGAUGACUCAGAUGAUUUAGAAAGUGACGACGAUGGAUAUUCUUCUCCUCAUCAUUAUUCUACAGUGGGCCCAACAGUGUGCAUUUGGGACGACCACUUUUGGCAGAACGCUAAUAAUAAAACUUUACCCUUUCCAACAAAGGAGGAGAUUGUCAAAAAUGAAUGUAUCACAAGAACACCAACAUGCCAUUCAGUGCAAAAAGGUAGAUUUAAAAUCAUUUGGGGUCAACAGCAAGAAAAUUAUAAUGAAAUCGUCACAGUUCCCGCCCCAUCCUCUAAAUGUGUUGAAUGGAAGCGUAAAAGGGCAAAUACUUGUGACACUACUUUUUCAAAAAAGUCUCUUUAG